UGCUAGGAGGACCGAUAUAUACCACUACCUUUUUGAAAUAGUAGAAGACUGCAUAAAUGCUGUGUCCCCUUAAACGCUGUGAAUGGAAGAACAUUCUGUACGUUGAGCCGUGUAAGAGAGUUAAAGAGAUCCUUGAAGAAGAGCUCUGUUUUUGGAAAGAAGAAUGCCACAUUAGGCAUCCAGCUGCAGCAGCUCUGAAAGGAAUUUGGAGUGUGAAAAAGAAUUUCUCCAUCGGAGGCCUGCAGCCAGCAUCGCAGAACAGAAAUGGCUUACUUUUACAACCUCAGUUCUACUCAAGGCAUGUAGGAAUGAAAAUUUUCUCUGUUGCAGAGUGAUUCUAAAUUCCAGCAGAAGAUCAUAACGUAGUUGAGGAAAUGCCUUAACUUUUCUUAACAUGCAUUGAGCUCAGCAAUUCCUGGGCCAAGAGUUUGUGAUUCAGUUAUCAACUCAACUUAAUAAAAGUUUAACAUAAAUAA